UUGUCGCGGAUGAGAGGGAUGGGAGCCUCGGUUCUUGCUCGCAACGCGGCCCGCCGAGGGGGAAGCUCGGCCCUAUCCGGGGCCGGGCGCGGCGGCCCUCGCACCUCGCCCGGUGCAGGCCUCGGCCCCCCGCGCGGCGGGGGGCGGGUGCCGCCGGCCCUUGCCGUGGCCGCCCGCCUCCCGCUGGCGUGCCUCGGGGACAGGCUCCGGCCCCUCUAGGCGGCGGGGGGCUGCAGCUCGUCGGAAGUGGAGGGGCUUCGUUUCUCGUCCCUUGUGCUGCGGGCCUCGGCCACAGGGCUCUUGCGAGGGUUGGAGCGGUUGUGGUGAACAUUUCUGCUAGCAACCCUUCGCAGCGCUGCGCGUUACUACGGGCAUAAUAAAAUUUGUAUUGUGGUAGUUGCUUGCUGACAAUAUGAAGCUUAGUGGUGUCAGCUCUCUGAGCUUUUAUGUCUGCAUAAAAUGGGGGGGAGGAGAAACGUUUUUUGUUAACAUCAGUUUGUGGCAAAAAGUUGUUUCCCUCCCCCCCCACCCCCUGCAGAGUCAUGCACUUGACAGUAGUGCAGUUGGGAUCCUAUGGUAACCCGAGAUCUCCAUUUCACACAAGUGACAGAAAUAGGUAUCCAGCCUUAAACUGUUUAUCUGUGGCACAGAAUGUGCAUGUUUUCCACUAUUGGGAAACUUAGCAUGACAAGAUAAUACUUUUUUUGUCCUUAUUCUGCCAGCUUUAUUGAGGUGCUUGAGAUGAAAGUACUUCUCGAGUCAGUAGAUUUUUCUUUUUCUCUUUUCUGUUACUGUGAUUUGUUACAGAGUUAUUUCCUUAACGCAGCUGUUACUGUUCUGUAGUGAAACAAGAUGGUUGACAGAAUACAACCGCUUUAUUUUUUGUUAUGCUUUCAGUGAAUGUGUUUAAUAGUAGUAUUAAAAUGCUGAUAGUGGCCAAAGUGCUUGCUUGUGUGUUUGGAUGUGAACUUGCUACUGAUUAAGCUAAACUAGUACGGGUGUUGGAAAUUUUUCAUAUUAUCACAGGCUUGCUUAAAUUGUGAGGCAAGAGGAGUGCUUCAAAUACAAGUGUGAGGAGGUGGGAAAAUGUUCCUUCCCAUUUAUUACAGCACAGUAUAGCUAGUAAGUUGCUCACCACACUUCUUGCUCUAGGUGUAUAGCUACUAUGGACAGAAUCUGUACUGAAUCAUAACUAAAACUUGCAUGGAUGCAGUGCAUUUUUGCAGAAGACCUGCCAUGGCAUACUGCAUCUGUAUAGUGACCUCGGAUCAUUUAGUCUGACAGCAUAUGUUAGUGAUUGAAAGAUGAAGACCUUCACACCCAUUGCUAAUCCUCCAUGGAAAGUAAUAAAACCCAAUAACCUACUAGCGUUCAAACCGUUUGGAAGCAGAGGUGCAGCUUUCCUGGAAAAGCAAAUGGCUGGAGUCUCAAGGGCACCCACGUAAUCUUGGAAGUAACAUCGUAGAGGGAACAGUGCCCUACCUUGUAUCCAUGUGCAGCACUGAAGCAGAUUUGUCUUGAAAACUAUGUCUUCAAAUGACAGGGUGGUAAAAUGGAUUGAAUUUCUGAUUCAAAGCAGAACUGAUACUACCAAAGCUGUUGCAAAAGUAGAGGUGUUUGCAGCUGGUGCCAUAUCAGUGGACUCCUGUCUAUGAAGCCAGAUGGUAACUGAGCCAUUUACACAAUCAAGACUGCUGUGAGUUUCAGCGAUCAGCCAUGGGCAUUAAAGGUUUACAAGGAUUUGUGGCCAGAGUUUGCCCUGAUGCAUGCAGAACAGUAGAUCUGAGAGAGAUGGCAGAAAAACAUCGCGUUGAUUACCCUGAUUUCCCACCUGUUAUUGUAGUGGAUGCCAUGAGUUGUGUUAAAUACUGGUAUACACCGGAAUCCUGGGUGUGUGGUGGCCAGUGGCGGGAGUACCUUGCCAAUUUAGAGGAUUUUAUUAAAGUUUUUAUGGCAGCUGGUAUCAAGUUGGUGUUUUACUUUGAUGGAGUGGUAGAAGAGAAAAAGAGAGAUGAGUGGAUCAAACGGAGGUUGCAGAAUAACAAGGAAAUAGCCAGAAUAUUUCAGUUUAUCAAGACUCACAGGAAACAACCAGGGCAAGGAAUGUUCUUUGUUCCUUCGGCUUUGCCUACUUUUACACGUUUUGCCCUGAAGUCACUUGGCCAGGAAACAGUAUGUACAUUGCAAGAGGCAGACUUUGAAGUGGCUGCAUAUGGCUUGCAACGUAACUGCAUAGGAAUUCUCGGGCAAGAUAGUGACUACCUCAUCUAUAAUACGUGCCCCUACUUUUCCAUCGAGAAGCUCUCUUUGGACAGACUAGUCACUGUUAUGUACUCUCGAGAAGAUCUUUGCCGUGCGUUGGGUCUUAGUUUGACACACCUCCCUCUCUUUGCUUGCUUGCUUGGCAAUGAUGUUGUUCCAGAAAGCUUGUUGGAAGGCUUUUGGCAUAAAUGUUUAGUCACCAGUCCCCACAAGAAUAACAGCUACAACAGGAGAACAAACAUACUUCUAGCUGUAGCAAAUUACAUCUCAAAAGUUCCAUGCUCAUACAGCAGCCUCAAACACUUGGAAGAGAUGCUACCUUUGGGAUCAGACAAGUCAUUACUUCACAGAGGAGUGGAGUCCUAUCUUUUGCCAGGGCAGCAGUCUCCAUGGAUUCCCCCCAACUUAACAAAUUGCCCAAUGUUCUCCCUUCAACAACAGACAGCCUUGUGUCAAGAUAAAGAAAUCUUUCAGUUAGCUAAAGAACAGCACAUCCAAUCUGAAAAUUAUACAAUCUUUAAUAUCCUGAGUAAUGGAGAGAUUGCCUGCAGCAACUCUUUGGAAGAUGAAUGUGAUACAGAGAUUCCUGGACAGGCACUUAUCUACCGCCCGGCUCGUCAGCAUAUUUAUUCUGUCUUGUUGGAAUCUGGAAAAGGUGGAGAAAAUCCUUGUAAAGAGUGGUUUGUCUAUUUUGGAAAUCCUCUGCAGCAGCCAGAGCUGAUACAACCUGUACAACCUUCUAUUCCAGGUGGAACACCUAAUUUGAAAACACUGUGGUUUGCCAAAGGACCUGAUGUGGAAAAGCAACGGUAUAGUACAUUUCUGGCAUGCUUUCACCUUCAGGACAGGAUGGAAGAGCUCCAAGCUCUAGAAGCACCUGUUGCAGCAUUCUGCUGCUUGCUGGCCUAUCUUAUGAUGCAGGUCAGUAGCCUCUCUCUGGAGGACUUAAAUGCAUUUGUGGCACUCAUUCUCUGCCUCAAAGGGAAGUCAGUUGCUCAGCUAACAUGCUUGCAGCUUCUGCAAGUGGACUCCAGAGCUGUACAUCUUGGUGCUGUCUUUGUUCGUGGCCUUACAACUUUGCUCAUGGCCAAUAGUGCCUGUGGCUUUCCAUUCCGAAUGGAUGAUUUGAUGCCUUGGGAAGUGUUUGAUGGAAAACUUUUUCAAGAAAAAUACCAGCAGUCGCACAGAGGUUGCUCUUUGGAAGAGCUUUUGGAAGGCAAUGAGUCUUUGUAUACACCCUUCCAGAAUCUGAAGUCUUUAAUUUGCAAGGUUUGCAUGGCGAAGAAAAGAACAAUACAGAGCAGACCAAGAGGAAAUGGAUUUAUCACAGGAACACAGCAAAGAGAAUUUAAUCCCAGGUUCCGACAAACACACAGAAGUUCUUUUGUUCCUCCAUAUCAUAACCAGAUGAGGGGCUUCCUAUGGAGAAAUUCUCAACCACAAGGUAGACAAUAUGGAUUGGGACACCCAGAUCAGAGGAGAAGAUUCCACUUUCCUCGUCAGUAAAGAAUACAUGUCUACAGAUCACCCAGGUGACCCUACUCAUUACUGGAAGUAGAUGAGAAUGGAUGAGAGAACAAGAUAUAUUUUUAUGAAAUGCUGUAUGCUGAAGAUCAUAAAAACUUCAUCAGUAUUUAAAAAAUGGUGGUGGGAAGUCUCUAAUCAGAAAUAUAUCAUGCCUCAUUUUCAGUACCAUUUUAUUUUGUAUACAUUUUUUUUCUAGCCUGUAGCUUAGUGAAGUAAAUUAUGGAAUGUUGUGAAACAAUAAUUAUAUAUCUUAGGUUCCAGAUAAUAUUGUUUGGAGCACUUUACAAAAACCUUGUUGACACAGUUAUAAAAAAUGAUCAUUAAAAAAUUUUGUGUAAAGAGUAGAGGACAGUCCUAGGUGUUGAAGAAGGCUACAAAAAAUUAAUGAAUACAUCUGAUUCUGUUGUGAAAACUAUUAUGUCUUUUCUGUUAAACCUUUAUCCUAUAUGAGGCUGAAAGUGCCCAGUCUUGGAAAAAAAAGGGUACUUCUAAAGUGUUUACAAUCAUAUCACAGUUUAAAAAUGUUACUUUGGUGUCAUGCAGCUCACUUUCAUAGUUCCUCAGUCUUAAGGAAUGAGAAAAGGGUAUCUAAAACAUUCCAGAAAGUUAUAAAAUUAGUGUAUGUGUACAAAACUACUACAACUUUAAUGUCUUACUGUUUUGGGGCCUUUCAAAGCUGAAUCAAAUGCAUGGUCCUCUUCUGGAAUACAUAGAAUUCUCUUCUGUAUGUAGUGAGUCAUUUAUGAAAUGUUUAAGAUUUAUGCCAGACCUUACAUCUGUCUUUAGCCUUAAAGUGAAAGUGUCAGUGUGAGCUUUUGGCCAGUAUAAUUUUGGAGGAAAUUCUAAGUCAAGGGGAAACUAACAGACAUUUUGAAUGCAUUCUUCUUUUUUUUUUUUUUUUUUUUUUUCCUAAACGGCAGUUGUUUGAAGCACACAGGGUAAAAUUUUUGCCCUGUUGACAUCAUUGAUGCAUCUUUUGCAGAUAUUAGUGGCACCAUGAAUUCAAUUCAUACCGAUAAGGUAGUCCCAAUAGAUCCAUGUAAAUGGGCAGAGUACAGGUAGGGCAAUUUGGUAUCUCCUGUGUUAAUUUUCACUUGUCUGUUUUUCAUCACACAGACUUUAUUGCUACUUUGGAGAUAUGUGUAUUUUUAGAAUAGUACAUAAGCACACUUGAAAUUAAAUUUAUUUAGAAGUGUUUAACAUGAGGAAAAAGCAUUAUUUUUAUAUUCCAAAGAGAAAAUUUAGCUCUAGUUUUGAAAUCUAUUUUCAGAAGUACUAUAGCUAUUGUACAACUUGCACCUAUCUUUAUGGUACAAUGAUUACCGAUUAAAACUCUGCUGGUUUUAGCCAUUAUUGUUCAGUUAGUAUUGUUUCUUAGGCCUUGUGCAGUUAACUCCUUUGAGUCAAUUGUCAGUGGAACUUAGUUCCUAUUUAGUAUAUAUGUUAUGUCAAAGUGAAUAAUAUUGUCAGACUUACAUAACAAUAUUAUAAUUUCCUUGCAUGUAUUUUUCUGUUUGUAACCCAAUAAAUAUAUUCAUUCAUACUCUGCAUAUAUCAACAGUCCAGCUAAACAAAUAAAUUGGCAGCAAUACAGGAUUUCUAGUUCUGUUAAAAGUUUGAACAGACACAAUUUUUACACAACACAUUUGCUUUCCAGGGAUCCUGUCAUGAUAGGAGCAUUCCUGCUUUCUUUUUCUAUUGAUUUUUCACUGAUUAUAAUUGUACUACCACUUCUUACUUUUUUUUUUUUUUUUUUUUUUAUUCCCAAAAAACCUUUUAGAAUAAUGUGGUCUGAGUUUUAUGGAAAGUUCUCUAGUUUCAGGAAUCUCAUGAUGUAUAAUAGUGUAUUUGAAAAGAAUGUAACUCUUUGCCAGAAUUUGUUGGUAAUUCCCCCUUCAGGCUUUGAUAUGAGAAAAGAUUUCUGUUGGCCUCAAUAAACAAAGUUAAAUACAGUUA